AUGGCCUCCAUCCAGGACGCCCUGCUAACACCCGUCCGCGCCCUCGUUUCGAAACCAGCACAGAAAGCAUAUCUGGGCACCCUGUUAUUUGUGAUUACAGCUAUUGGGCUAUCGCGUGAUGUGCAUUUGCAGUUCGGUGAUGGCCAUCCCUGGGGAACCGCUUCUCUGGGCCCAGAGCUGGUGUCUCAGCAAGCAUACGAUGUCACCGUGAAACUCGAACUCCCACGGACACCCCCCAACCUUGCAGCCGGAAACUUCAUGCUGGAUCUGUCUCUCUUUUCUCGGCCGUCGACGGCCCCGGGGAUCAGUCGAAACAUCUCGGCGGACCGCAUCACGCACUCGCGCCGCCCGACUAUCCUUACGUAUACAUCGCCCAUGGUGGACACGGCCAGCAAGAUAUCGCUCCUGCCGCUGUAUGUGCUGGGCUGGCACCGGGAAGCGGAAACUCUGGUGGUGCCGAUGCUGGAGAAGAUUGAGUUCCCGAGGGGGUGGCGCAAUCUUCCGACGAGUCUACGACUGGAAGUCGACAGUCAACAGCAGAUGCAGGUUUACUCAGCGAGAGUUGAGUUCAGGGCGCGGUUUAGGGGCUUACGAUGGGUCAUGUACAACUGGAGGAUCCUGUCGUUUUUGGUCUUCAGUUUCGCUUUUUGGAGUGUCUCUAUGGCUUCUACAAGUUUUACAUGGGUUGUCCUGGCCUCGAUCUGGAGCUCUAAGACAGACGAUCGCCUUGCAAUCAAGCGGGAAGACCGUGGGAAGACCCCGAUCAAGGAGGAGCCUGAUGACGAGACAACCGAUCUGUCUGCAUUGGAGUCAUCCUCCGACUCCCAAGAGAAACAACCGCUGAGCAGGACCAAGAAGGAAGAGGAUUCUGAGGAAGAGACAAAGCAACCAUAUACCAGUGACACCGACGAUGAUAGUCCAACUGUUCAUGGUACAAGGCACGCACGGCCGGGAGAGGAAAGUGGUGCAGGAACAGGCCGCGAGAGCGCUGAAGCUCGGGGUGUUCAGCGACGCCGGAGUCGUAUUUCGAAAGAGGAUCGGUCAUAG